AUGGAGAGAGGCCGGCCGGAGGCCGGGCAAGGCGACCCCGCCCAGCUCCAAACCCAGGAGGGCCGCCCUCAAACGCCGGUGCCCGCCCAGCGGCACGCCCAGUCCAGGCUUCGCGCGGCUCGCGAGCGCCGCCUGGUGCACACGCGCGGAGUGGACGCCCCAGCCUGGGCCCGUGUCCCCACAGACGGAGUGCCUGUCACAGGGCAGAUCAAGGAUGACAAGGGGGUCUCUGAGAUGUUUGACUAGGAGGGCAAAGGGCAGGUGAAGACGGAUGAGCUGGAGCGGCUCACGAGUCUCCUGGGCAUCAACUCCACCAAGAGCAAGUUGGCCUCCAUGGCCAAGGAUGUGGACAGAGUUAAGAAAGGGUUCUUCAACUGUGGCAACUUCCUGGCCCUGAUGGGGGUGUGCUGGGAGAAGGCCCAGAACCAAGAGGGCGAGCUGAGGGCAGUCUUGUGCAUCUUUGACAAGGAGGCCAAGGGCUACAUUGACUGGGACAUGCUCAAGUACGUGCUCAUGAACGUAGGUGAGCCCCUCAAUGAGCAGAUGAUGAAGGAAGCCAACGAGAAUGGGGACAGGACCCUUGACUACGAGGGUGAGCAGAGGAUGGGCCCCGGGAGCCCAGAGGCCAGUUGGUCUACUGACCUGUCCCUCUGUUCUCAGAGUUCAUGGCAUGAUGACUGGGGAGUCCUUCAAGCUGGUUCAGUAGGAGAAGCCGCUGGGGCCAAGGGAGGCCUGCUGGCAGAAGCCUACUACCCACUACUGUCCACCCCACUCCAGUUCUGCAGCCAGUAAAUGCUCCAGCCAGAUUCAUGUGUGUGUCACUGUCCCAAGGCUGGAAAGAAGGGGCUGCAAAGCUGUGGGUCUGGAGAAGGUAGAGGGUUCUCCUGAGUCGACCAUGGCACUUGGCCUGUCACAUCUGUGGGACACCUGACACGGCCCACAGCCCAGCCCUGGGCUCUGGACACCAGUCAGAA